AUGGGUUUCGCUCAAAGAAUAUAUCAGCGGAUUUCAAGAUCAUCUGAAAAUAAAGCCCUGGAUGAGGAUAAGAGAAAGCCCAAGACUUCCUCUAGAUUCUCCUUCUUUCGGAGACCUUUAAAGCUUAGAAGCGAUUCAAGUUUUACAAUACCUCUUGGGGCCGUUCUCCUAUUUCCAUGUAUAGUCGUCGCUCUUAUCCUUGUUUUGAUUGUUCGGCAUCCGGAAUCGGGGGUUGGAAUAUUAAGGCCUGCAGGAGCACCGCCAGCUAUCAGGAAGAUUAGUGAAGAGCAUGACAAGGUUUUUGUAACUGGGUGCUUAGAACCAGAUACAUCUCAACCAAGAGCCAAUGCAGCUUUUGUCGUGCUUGCGAGAAACAAGGAGCUAGACGGUGUGAUACAGUCUAUCAAGUCUAUCGAGAGACACUUUAAUCGCUGGUACAAAUACCCGUAUGUAUUUUUAAAUGACGCGGAAUUCAACUCAACGUUCAAAGAGACAGUGGCCAAUUACACUAGCUCGUCUAUCGAGUUUGGCACUAUCGACCCAAAAAUGUGGGGAUUCCCAGACUGGAUUGAUCCUAAGGUGGCAAAAGAAGGUAUAGCAAAGCAGGGAGACGCCGCUAUCAUGUACGGUGGAAUGGAGAGUUAUCAUGCUAUGUGCAGAUUCUACUCUGGAUUUUUUUACAAACACAAACUUCUCGAAAAGUAUGAGUGGUACUGGCGAUUGGAACCAGAGAUCAAAUACUUUUGUGAUAUCACAUAUGAUCCAUUCUUGAGGAUGAUCGAAGCAAAUAAGACAUACGGCUUCACCAUAGCAGUUAAGGAACUCAAAGAGACUGUGCCCAAUAUAUUUAGAUAUGCCUCCGCGUACAAGAGAGUUAAUAAUCUGACAUCGCGAGGCCUUUGGGAAAUGUUUAUAGAGCCACCGCCUGAAGCGCAGGGACUUUCGGAUGAUGAGCUUAAGCACAAUCAUCAUUCCUUGCCCGAAGAAAUCUUGCGUGGGGACCCAUCACACACUUCCUUACCAGAAAUAGACCCAGAGGCAAUGGAAGGUGAAAAGUACAACAUGUGCCAUUUCUGGUCUAAUUUUGAGAUCGCCAAGCUCAGCUGGUUUAGGAGUAAAGAAUAUGAAGACUUCUUUCAAAUGAUGGACCGAAGCGGAGGGUUUUGGUUUGAGAGGUGGGGAGAUGCACCGAUUCAUUCACUUGCUGCCGGUGCGCUCUUAGCACCUAAAGAUAUUCAUUAUUUCCGCGAUUUUGGGUAUCGUCACACGACUAUCCAGCACUGUCCAGCAAAUGCCCCAGCACGUCAGAUGCCACGCUUACCUUUUCUCGAGAUGACGACCACCGACGAAAAGAAAAGAAGAGAAGAGGAUGAGUACUGGGAGUCAUGGGACCCAGUGAAAGAAAAUGGAGUUGGAUGUAGAUGUAGAUGUGACACCGACAUCGUGGACGUAGAAGGAAAGCAAGGUAGUUGCUUAGCGGAGUGGGUAGAUGUAGCGGGUGGGUGGGCGAGUCCUUGA